CAGCCAGCUGAUUCGAAAAAGAAAACAACAACAAUUCGGAUGGAUUCCUAAGUUUGAAUGGAGGAAAUCAAGCACCGGAAGUUCCGGGGGAAGAACUACACACCCGAGGACGAGAAGGUCCUCCUGGAGCUCGUGGCGGAGGAGAAGGCCGUGAUCCAGGACCCAAAGUCGGAUGCCGGGGCGUGGUCAAGGAAGCAGCGGGUUUGGCGGGACAUUGAGGAGCGGUUUUACUUGAGGACCGGAAACCGUCGGGAUUACAAGGCUCUGCGGGAAAAGUUCAUCACCCUGAAGCGCCAGUGCAGGGCCGAUCUGAGGGAAAAGAACAUUAAAGAGCCCAAAAAGGGCGCCGUCACGGAGUUGAUAGUCUCCAUGAUCCAUGCAGAUUCGGAAAAGUCCUCGAAGGAAAAGCCAAAGGCGAAACAGCCAGUGGAGGACAGCUGCACGGAAAUAGAUACUAGUAACAUAAAAACCGAAUUAAUCGGCGAUUUCAUUCGAGACCGCAACUAUGAUGAUGAUAACGACGUUGGAGAUUCGAUCUCAUUCCAUGAUGACACUCUUGCCGCGGAACCAGCAACUUCCAGUUCUGGCUGGUCCGAAAAAAUGAUGCCAGAAAGGGGGAAGGAAGCCCCAGAGGGAAUAAUAGAGGAGCAGAAAUUCAAUCUGAUCCUGCUGCAACAGGAGUUUCUCAGAACAAAAACGUUGCAGUUAAAGGAAAUGCAUGAGAUGGUCAUGGAGGAAAAAAGGAUAAAGCUUAACCAAGAAGUUCGAGAAGGAAAACUUCGCAUAGAGCUCUUGGAGCUGGAUAAGUUGGAGAGAAAAGCAAAACUUAACAUUAAAACAUAGUCAAAUAGAAAACAUAAAUAAACAGUAGUUAUUAAAUUUUUAAAUGAUCA